UUCAGCCUGCAAGUGUGACUGGCAAAUAUUUUGGGUAGAGGAAAAAAAAAUAAUCCAACCUGGUUAAUCCAUUUCAUUUAUACAAACAUCAUGUCUCACGAAACUGUCUGGUUCUCGCGCCCUCGCAGCUAUGGAAAGGGCUCUCGUCAGUGCCGAGUCUGCGCCCAUCAAGCCGGCUUGAUCCGCAAGUAUAACCUCAACAUCUGCCGUCAGUGCUUCCGUGAGUACGCCAACGACAUUGGCUUCCACAAGCUCCGUUAAAAUGUAACGAAUGACUAGCACAAGAGGUGUCAAUCUACUUGCUGACUGGAGAGAUUUCCUGGGUCAGUAAAAACUAAG